GGCGCUGGCUGUGGGUAGGAGUGAGGAGCCGCAGCCGAGGGAAGGCCUUGGAAAGCUUCCUGCCGAAGGAUCCGAUUUACCUCGUUUCCCUUCCCCUCCCCCUGGGCUCCGUGGCCAGCCGGGAGCGCCGCCGCCAUCCCUCCGCCCUGAGGCUGCCGCGGGGGGAUGCGAGCGGGGCCGCCCCUGCCGCCCGCCCCGCCGCAGGAUGUAGCCGCCCUCGGCCCCGCGCACCCCGCACCGCCUCGCCGGGAGCCCGCAGGAGGAGCUCCGGGGCAUGGAGGGGAAGGAGAGGUGAGCAGAGCCGGCCCCCCAGCCCUGCCCCGCGCCGCACCUUGGAGCGUCCAGCCUGAGGGGGACCAGCGAUGCCUCUGGGGAUGAACAAGCAUGGAUCUCGCUCUACUACCUCUUUGCCUCCGGACCCCACCGAGAUCGUCAGGAGCAAGGCCUGCUCCCGAAGGGUCAAGCUCAACGUGGGGGGGCUGGCCCACGAGGUUCUCUGGCGGACCUUGGACAGGUUGCCGCGGACCAGGCUGGGCAAACUCAGAGACUGCAACACGCACGACUCCCUCAUGGAGAUCUGCGAUGACUACAACCUGGAGGAGAACGAGUACUUCUUUGACAGGCACCCGGGGGCAUUCACCUCUAUCUUGAACUUCUAUCGCACUGGCAAGCUGCACAUGAUGGAGGAGAUGUGCGCCUUGUCCUUCAGCCAGGAGCUGGACUACUGGGGGGUGGACGAGAUCUACCUGGAGUCCUGCUGCCAGGCCCGCUACCACCAGAAGAAAGAGCAGAUGAAUGAGGAGCUGAAGAGAGAAGCAGAGACCCUGAGGGAAAGGGAAGGGGAGGAAUUCGAUAACACUUGCUGUGCUGAGAAAAGGAAAAAGCUCUGGGACCUCCUGGAGAAGCCCAACUCCUCCGUAGCGGCCAAGAUUUUGGCAAUCAUUUCCAUCAUGUUUAUUGUACUAUCUACAAUUGCCUUGUCCCUUAAUACACUUCCUGAACUCCAAGGCGUGGAUGAAUUUGGGCAGACCACAGAUAACCCCCAGCUCGCCCACGUGGAAGCGGUGUGCAUCGCGUGGUUCACAAUGGAAUACCUCCUGCGCUUCCUCUCCUCCCCUAAGAAAUGGAAGUUUUUCAAAGGGCCACUCAAUGCUAUAGAUUUGCUGGCUAUCUUACCCUACUAUGUUACUAUCUUCCUCACAGAAUCCAAUAAAAGUGUACUUCAGUUCCAAAACGUACGAAGAGUGGUCCAAAUAUUUCGGAUUAUGAGGAUACUCCGGAUUCUAAAACUCGCCCGGCACUCAACUGGUUUACAAUCCUUGGGGUUUACACUGAGGAGGAGUUACAAUGAACUUGGAUUACUCAUCUUGUUUCUGGCUAUGGGCAUUAUGAUCUUCUCCAGUUUAGUGUUUUUUGCAGAAAAGGAUGAGGAUGAUACAAAAUUCAAGAGCAUCCCUGCUUCUUUCUGGUGGGCAACAAUCACCAUGACAACAGUAGGCUAUGGAGACAUUUACCCUAAAACUCUUUUGGGCAAAAUAGUAGGAGGACUGUGCUGCAUUGCUGGUGUGCUGGUGAUAGCUCUUCCCAUCCCAAUUAUUGUCAAUAAUUUUUCAGAGUUUUACAAAGAGCAGAAGAGGCAGGAGAAAGCCAUUAAGCGCAGGGAAGCUCUUGAAAGAGCAAAAAGAAAUGGCAGUAUUGUUUCCAUGAACAUGAAGGAUGCCUUUGCCCGUAGCAUAGAACUCAUGGACAUUGUGGUUGAAAAGAAUGGAGAAAGCAUAGCCAAAAAGGAUAAAGUUCAGGACAAUCAUUUAUCUCCAAGCAAAUGGAAAUGGACCAAGAGAACACUCUCUGAAACUAGUUCUAGUAAAUCUUUUGAAACCAAGGAACAAGGAUCCCCAGAAAAAGCCAGGUCAUCUUCAAGUCCCCAACACCUGAACGUCCAGCAGCUUGAGGACAUGUACAACAAAAUGGCAAAGACUCAGUCCCAGCCAAACCUUAACACUAAAGAGUCGAGUCAAGCUGGAAAGCAGAAGGAAGAGCUAGAAAUGGAAACCCUUCCUGGCCCCAUGGUGCCGCUGCUGGCGACUCGCACUGACGGGAUCAUUGACAUGAGGAGCAUGUCCAGCAUCGACAGCUUCAUCAGCUGUGCGGCCGAGUUCCCCGACACCGGGCGCUUCUCGCACAGCCCGCUCACCGCCCUGCCCUGCAAGGGGGGCAUCAACAUCAUCCAGGAGCAGGGCAGGCCGGAGGGGAGCAGUGCCAGGUAUGUGGAAAUGAACCCUAGCUCUGAAAGCAGCCACCGUUCUGCUUUUUUCAUUGACAGUCCCAAAAGCUCCAUAAAGGCCAGUAACCCUUUAAAGCUAAGAUCUCUGAAAGUUAACUUCAUGGAAGAGGACACCAGCACAUUAGUACCAUCAUCAAAUGUACUGAGAACAUACCCAGACCCUCUCAAGAGCCGGGGAGCUACUGCUGCUGCCAUAGAUACUUCCUUACUCUCUGACAGGUCUCUCAUGAGCCCAGAAACCUCAAUCUACACAACUGCGAGUGCAAGAACGCCCCCAAAGUCACCAGAGGCCCAGGCAGCCCUAGCUUUCAACUUCCACGAUGCUGGAAUACACAAAUACAUAGAUGCUGACACUGAUGAUGAAGGUCAGCUGAUGUAUGAUUCAAGUCCACCUGGAAAUGGGAGUCCCAAGUACAGUGUUGCAAACAGUGGCUAUCUAAAGCAAAAGGACCAUGUUUAUAGAACAGAGAAGAACCAUCUGGAAGCUGCUGCUUUACCCACCUCCCCUAAGCUGAUAGGGCAGAACUGCAUUUACUCUAUGGAAGGUAUCACUGGAAGAACCCACGGCAAUCAGGAGACUGUCAGACUAGAAAAUCACAUUUCUCCAGAAGUCCAUGUGUUACCAGGCAGCGGAGGACAUGCUAACACACAUGAUCAAAGCAUCUGAGGUGGGGUCUGAAAGAACUUACUGAGAGUUUAAAGGAAUAUCUUCACAGUCAACACAAACAAAAGAGCUUCUGCAUGGCAUGAACUUGGCUGAAACAAGCCACCUGUUUCUAAAAGUCUGGGGGAGGUCCAGUGUGGGUUUGUGAAAAUGUCCUUAUCUGAAACAACUCUAAAGACAUUGCCCACAUUAGUCAAAAAAAUGAUUGCAAAUCAUGAUCACACAUUGAUCUCCUUUCAUGUUGUCCAGUGAAGCCAAUGUGACCAAAUAUCCAUCCGUUCCCCUUGGACGCUAGAGCUCCUUUUGGAAAUAUUAACAUCUGAUUUGCAUUAGUUCCAUAAAGGAUGCCAAGGCAGCCAGAUUUGAACUCUGGAAUAAAUUGCUGGGGUUGGUAUAAAGCUUUCAAAAACACAAUGCUCACUGCUUCAGGGCAGCUGUUCCCCAUCUACAGCUUUCUCUGAUGGAUAUUAUAUUUAAAGGUAACAGGGAACACUUGCAUUAUUGGAAAAUCCAAGUGAAAAACAUUUGAAACAAAUAAUGGUCUAGAGAAACCAAUUAUUAAAAUGCUCUUUGUGUGUUUAACAGUCCGAUAUCCUGUAGGACCUGAUGUUUUCAUUUGAAAUAUCAGCAGGGUGAGUUGCACCAUUUGUAUCUAAUUCCAAACACGCCCCAAGACAUAGUGAGACUUGCGCUUACCCUCUGCUAAGAGCCGGUAGGUGCGCAGGGCCAGCGAGUGGCCCGCGGGAGGGUCGGAGGAGCCGGGCAGGAGCAGGAGGCUCCGGGGCACCGCGGCAGAGCCCAGCCCGGGGCUGGAGGAGAGCGCGGCUCUCGCCCUGCCCGUGCGGGCCCGGCCCCGCUCCCGCUCCCGCCGCAGCACAGGAGCAGGUUGGUGCGGAGCUUUUUGCGCCCAAGCAGCGCAGUGAAAGAUAUGCAAGUGUUACAUAAAUAUGCAAAAAGAGGGAUUCGUUAGUGACCCGCCCAGGCCUGGCUGUGCUCCCUCUCGCCAGGAGGUCGGGCAGGAGAAGCUCCUGCAGGGCCGUGGCACGAAGCAGCUGCGAGAGGCAGGAGAAUCAGGCCUGACGUUUUAAUAACAUCCAGUCAUUUUUAAAUGAAAGAAAAUAAAGAGGAAAGAAAAAAAAAAAAAAACCUAUCUGACCAUUUUAAGUGAACAGAACUAGCAGCCACCAGCCUAGGUUUUUAAAAUACUAUUGUUUCAAUAAAGUUAUGUCAAAUUGUGUAGGAAAUAAUUUGUCUUUGGUUUUUAAUCUGGGGGGGGAAAAGCACUUUACGUUGACUUUUUGUUGUCGUUGUUGCAAUGCUGGAGUAGGAUAGCGGAGUGUAACAAUCAAGCACUUUAACCAAGCACUACUUUAAUUUGUGCCUCUUGUUGUGACUGUGAUUUGUUACACGCCUGUAGCAAGUCACACCUUGUCCUGUGAUAACUGUGAUGGUAAUCUUUUAUGUUGUUCUCUGUUUCUACUGUAAAACUGAGCUGUAAAUAACUCUGUCACUGAGCGUUUCCUGACCUGUCCCUGCCGGGGUGUGUAGCAAUCUGCAGGCAGCGGCUCCGGGACGAGCUGAGACACGGGACGGGGGAGCAGGGGGCACACGCGGGGGGAAGAGCCCCUGGAAGCCGCUCGAGUCCGCUGCAUUGUGUUCCUUCCUACUGUAAAAAGCCAGUGUUGGUUAGUCCUGAAUGUAGCCGUGUGUCCGUCCCGGCCGUGCAGCACUGUCUGUAACCCGUAAUAGUGAAUGCAGCAUGUACGGACAAAAGCAAUAAGCACAUUUCUGUUUUAGGAGCUAGUGUAGGUUGUGAGGAUGGCUUUUCCAGGUGUCUCCUCG